UCUCGUGCUUUGAAACUUCUUUUUUAGUCGCUGUUUUCAACAUCGAUCAUGACAGGCAAACCCUAGAUUUUACUUCACCUACUUUGUGUGGUAAAAAAAUAUCAAAGCAAACGAGACGACGACCCCAAGAGCAUUAAUUGCGAGUAGGCCAGACAUCGGAUCUUCUCUCUUAAGGGCUAAGCAAAACCCAUCUCUUUCUUUCUUCUAUCUUCUGUCUCAACUCUCUAAACUCUCUUACCUCUCUCUCUCUCUCUCUCUCUCUUCUCUUCUAUAAGCUCCACUGAGCUCUGUUUUUGUUUUUUACCGUAGAUCGUUUCACGUUUCUUUCUCUAUAUAUAUCCACCAAGCUUUAAUCUUUUUGGAGUGUUCUUGGAAAACAAAAAAUGGCAUCUUCUUCUAGAUUCGAAUCUGGAUUUUGUCCUAUCUCUUCGUGUCCCUCUAUUGGGAAUCUCAUCGAUCAGAUUAAAGAAGCAUGUCGUUUCCUCGCUUCCGCUGUUCUAGGGACAGUUCUUUCGGCGAUCUUGACCUUCUUCUUCGCUCUAGUGGGUACAUUGCUUGGAGCACUCACUGGAGCUUUGAUAGGCCAAGAAACAGAGAGUGGUUUCAUCCGAGGAGCAGCGGUUGGAGCCAUUUCAGGAGCUGUUUUCUCCAUCGAAGUCUUCGAAUCAUCUCUUGUUCUUUGGAAAUCUAAUGAGUCACGUUUUGGAUGCCUCCUUUACUUGAUUGAUGUCAUUGCUAGUCUUAUAAGUGGUAGACUUGUGCGAGAACGCAUUGGUCCAGCAAUGCUAAGCGCGGUUCAAAGUCAGGUACAGUUGAUCAGCAAUGUAUAUUUAGUUGGUUACAUUGAGAUCUCUCUGUUUCUUGAUCCUAUUCAUCUCUCUCUUCUUGCUGAUCAGAUGGGAGCUGUGGAUACGACAUUCGAAGAGCUCUCGAGUAUCUUUGAUACCGGUGGCUCAAAAGGAUUAGCAGGAGAUUUGAUUAAUAAGAUACCUAAGAUCAAAAUCACUCGCACAAACUAUUUGGAUGCUUGUGGAAACAAAGACUCGUGUUCUGUUUGUCUCCAGGAUUUUCAACUUGGUGAAACCGUAAGAAGCCUGCCACAUUGUCAUCACAUGUUUCAUUUGCCUUGCAUAGACAAAUGGCUACUGAGGCACGGAUCUUGUCCAAUGUGUAGACGUGAUCUGUAAUCACCCUUCUUCUAAUUACCAUUUGCACAGACCCUCGCUCCUACUACUACUUGUAUGGUCGUAAUCUUGUGGUUAGUUUCUUCAAUAUGUACAAAGAAAUGGGAAAAAACAAAAAAAACAAAAGUUUUGUAUCUAGUUGAUGAUCUUCAAACCAAACCCAAAAGACUGAACCAAAUCCAUUAAA